UCGGAUAGAAAGGCUUUCACCGAUGGAUGCACAAAUGCAAGACAUGGACCUGGUGGAUGGUGGGCGACUUGUGCAAGUGGUACUUGCCCAUCCAGAUCAUUAUACCUUCGAAUUAAAUGAAGCUGCAUUGUCAGAAAUUUUCUUACAUGACGACGUGAAAGAUAGAAAUGUAGUUGUGGUAUCUGUUGCGGGUGCCUUCAGAAAAAGCAAAAGUUUCCUUCUUGACUUUUUUCUUCGUUAUAUGAACAACAAAUACACGUUACAAAACAAUACUGAUUCCUGGUUGGGUGCCGAGGACGAGCCACUUAGUGUUUUCCAUGGAGGGGAGGUUCCGACAGGCAUACCACGGGAAUAUUGAUGUGGUCGAAGGUUUAUCCUGCUACUUUGGCGAGCGGUGAAAGAUCGCUGUGAUUCUUAUGGACACUCAAGGCACUUUCGACAGUCAGUCGACAGUGCGGGACUGCGCGACCGUGUUCGCGUUGAGUACGAUGCUGUCCUCGUGCAAAUAUACAAUCUGUCGCAAAAUAUUCAGGAGGAUAAUCUUCAGCACCUGCAGUUGUUCACCGAUAGUC